ACUCUUCUUCACUACUAUUUUAUUUCCCUCCAAACGAACGCGAUUGUGGUGUGUGUCUGGGUGGUGGCGGUGAUCGGCGAAGCGCGUAUUGCUGUAAUAAUCAGUAAUCACCUUGCAAUGGAGGAAGCCACCUUUGAGUUUGAUCUGAUUCAUUGCAUUUUGAAGCGCGUUUGGUCAUUGCGAGCCCUUGAGCGUGAAAAUGUUGAACCCAGUGAUGCUUUGGACUCCGAGGUUGGAGUUGGAACAUCCAAGAAGAAUCGGCCAACUUCUGCUAAUGCCAAUGCUCUGAAGCUUACUUGUGAACUUCUCCGGGUUUUUGUCUCAGAGGCUGUUCAGCGUGCUGCUGCUAUUGCAGAGGCAGAGGGUGUUAGUCAAAUAGAAGCUACUCAUUUGGAGUGUAUUCUUCCUCAGUUACUUUUAGAUUUCUGAAGUUUUGGAAAUACUUAUAUGUAACUUCUACUUCCCCCUGUUUUCAAUCUAGUAGAAAGCUCAUUAAGAUUUGUUGGUCAUAAAUAAGCUAUAUCAGAUACAAUUAAUUAUUCUACAUGGAAAUUGAAAGAGAAAAAGGCUAGGUGAGAACU